CGGGCAUGGAUCUGUCCGCUAAGGGGAGCGCUUCCCUGGAGAGGAGGGUGGGUGCGUUCCCGCAGCAACAGGGAAGAUGGCAGCUCUCACAUCUCUCACCCAGUUAUCUAGUGGGAACCCUGUAUAUGAGAACUUUUACAGACAGGUGGACCCUGGGAAUACGGGUAGAGUUGGACCAACAGAAGCUGCCUUGUUCCUAAAGAAGUCUGGACUCCCUGACAUUACAUUGGGAAAGAUUUGGGAUUUGGCCGAUCCCGAUGGCAAAGGAUAUCUUGACAAACAGGGGUUUUACGUAGCUCUGCGUUUGGUGGCCUGCGCUCAGAAUGGUCAUGAAGUCAGUCUCUCCAGCCUCAACCUCACAAUCCCCCCACCCAAGUUUAAGGACACUAGCAGUCCGUCUCUAAGCAGCACAGCUCCUCCCUCCAGCGAAUUACACUGGGCUGUCAGGCCCGAGGAGAAGAAUACAUUUGAUGGGAUCUUUGAGAGUUUGGCUCCAGUCAAUGGCCUGCUGUCAGGAGACAAGGUGAAACCAGUCUUAAUCAACUCCAAGCUACCUCUGGACGUCCUCGGGAAGGUUUGGGACCUGAGUGACAUUGAUAAAGAUGGCCACCUGGACAGAGAUGAGUUUGCAGUGGCCAUGCACCUGGUGUACCGGGCCUUGGAGAAGGAGCCGGUUCCCUCCCUCCUCCCCUCCUCCCUCAUCCCGCCGUCCAAGAGGAAGAAGAGUCUGGGCUCAGUGGCUGGCUCUGCCACUGGACUACCUGCAAGCCCCCCCCCACCAAAAGACUCGUUACGCUCCACACCCUCUCAUGGCAGCAUGAACUCACUCAACAGCACCGGCAGCCUGUCGCCCAAACACACACUCAAGUCUGGACAGCAUUCAUUGAACUGGGUGGUCCCAGUGUCAGACCGUGGUCGCUAUGACGACAUCUUUCUGAAGACUGACGCCGAUCUGGAUGGUUUUGUCAGUGGGCAUGAAGUAAAAGACAUCUUCAUGCACUCUGGACUCUCUCAGAACCUCCUGGCCCACAUAUGGGCUCUGGCAGACACCAGGCAGCUAGGCAAGCUGACCAGGGAGCAGUUUGCCCUCGCCAUGUAUCUCAUCCAGCAGAAGGUCAGCAAGGGCAUCGACCCUCCACAGGCCCUGACUGCCGACAUGUUACCCCCCUCAGAGAGAGGGACCCCUGUACCAAGUAUGUCAGGAUACAUGACCCCAGUGGGAUCGGAGAUGGCUGCUCUGUCUGAAAUGAGAAGGGACAGCUCCAGUUCAGUGGGAUCAGGCGAGUUCACCGGAGUUAAGGAUCUGGAUGACAUCAGCCAGGAAAUAGCACAGUUGCAGAGCACACUUGCCUUUACCCAGUGGAAUACUAUCAGGGAGAAGUACACACUGGAGCAGGACAUCAGGGACGCGGAGGAGGCCAUCAGACACAAGAGUGCAGAGGUGCAGGAGAUGCAGAAUGACCUGGACAGAGAGACGGCCAGCCUGCAGGAGCUGGAGGCUCAGAAACAAGACGCCCAGGACCGCCUGGAGGAGAUGGACCAGCAGAAACACAAGCUGGAGGACAUGCUGAACGAGGUCCGGGUCAAGUGCCAGGAGGAGUCUCACAUGAUCUCGACGCUCCAGAAUCAGAUCCACUCCCAGGAGACCGAUCUGCAGUGCCAGGAGGAAGAGCUGAUCCGGGCCAAGGCCGACCUGGGCCGGCUGCAGCAGGAGGAGAACCAGCUGGAGCAGAGCCUGGCUGCUGGCAAGAUCCAACUGGAGACCAUCAUCAAGUCCCUGAAGGCAACACAGGAUGAGAUCAACCAGGCUCGCAGCAAGUUGUCCCAGAUCCAGGACAGCCAACAGGAAGUGUCUAAAAGCAUCGAGCAGUACAACAGCACCUUGAAUGGAACCCACGGAGGCAGCAUGACCAACCUGGCUGAUAUGAGUGAAGGCUACAGCGACAGAGAGAACGGAGGAUUCCCGUCCAUGGUGAGAGCCCCGCAGGAGGAUCCAUUCAAAGUGAAGCCAUCUGUGUUCAACAGCCAGCCUCAGGAGCUCCACACUGACCCCUUCCACUCUGAAGACCCCUUCAAAACAGACCCCUUCAAAGGGGACCCUUUCCAAAAUGACCCUUUUGCAAAGCAGCCAUCGACUGUCACAGAUCCUUUUGGAGGAGACCCGUUCAAAGAGACUGAUCCGUUCAAGUCUUCGUCUGAAGAUUUCUUUAAGAAGACCACAAAGAUGGAUCCCUUCUCCACACCAGACCCCUUCAGUAAAAGUGCCACAUUACCUUCCAAGCAGCCAACCAGUCACUUCACAAGCAAUGACCCAUUCUCUUCAGGCAACCCAAAACCCAAAGUACCAGAUCUAAACCCCAUGAUGUCCUUGGAAGAAAAGUCAAGGGAUGGUCAAAAUCUGUUUGGCACGUUGGACCCGUUUGGCAGCGGUUCGUUCAGCAGCAGCAGUAACAGCUCGGCUGGCUUCGCAGACUUCAGCCUCAUGUCGAAGCCCAGAGAGCCUUUUGAGGGCCGGGCCGGCUGGCUGCCGGACUACCAGAAGUCCGUGUUUGUGGAUGAUCCAUUCAGCAGGAAGAGUGACACACCAGCUCUGCCACCGAAGAAAAGUGUCCCCCCAAGGCCCAAACCCCCCAGUGGUAAAAGUACUCCAGUGAGCACGCCUGGAGCAGUUGACCCUUCCAAACCAUGUGACCCUUUCCAGCCAUUUGGCAGUGACGCCAUCGACCCGUUUCAGACGAAAAAGGGCGUGGGAGACCCGUUCAGCGGCAAAGACCCUUUCGCCGCACCCUCGGCAACAAGUAAUGUCCCAAAAGGCUCAACAUCAGGUUUUGCAGACUCCAGUUGUGACCUGACAAAGCCAAGUUUGGGAACGAGGCUCAGCAGUUGGAGUGGGCGAAGCGAGAGAGUGAGCGGGCAGAGCGAGAGCGGCUGAAGAGGCUCAGGCUGCAGGAGCAGGAGGACUUGGAGCUGGCCAUCGCCCUCAGCAAGGCCGAGAUGUCCAAUGCAUGACCUGGGAAUCCCCCCAAACCCCCCCCCCCCCACACACAUAGCGAAGAGACAUGCAGACAAACAUGACCGACAUUGAAAUACUCAGACACAAAGCACAUCACCGGUAUAACUCAAGUUCAUACAAACUCUGAUCCACACACACACACACACACACACACACACACACACACACACACACACACACACACACACACACACACACACACACACACACACACACACACACACACACACACAGGUCCUGCAUCUCCACUAGUUACAUUCCCCCAUGCGCAAUUACUCAACAAAUUAAACAGAGAAUUUAAAGGCCGUUGACAUUUAAAAACCAAGACAACAAAACUGAGGGCCGACAACUCCAUAUAUAUGCCGUGAAGAGACAAAGGAAGAAGAAAGAGAGGAGGAAGAGGAAGGUGUGGCCUGAAGGAGACACACGGAUGCACUGUGUUUAUGCACUAUAGUGGCUGGAUCCAGGCUGAGCACCUCGACUGUUUGAAUUCCACGUGUUGUUUUCCAGCUCCACUCACAUGCUAACAACGCUGCUAGCAACGAGCAGCUGUGACGAAAAUAAUAGUUGAAUUCAAACGGCCCAGGUAUUUCUUCAAAGGGAUUUUUUGUACUGAUAUAUAUAUAAGGGCCGACAUGGAUAUAUCACACACUACUGAUGGUAUUACCUGUGUCCGUAAGUGUUUUGCUGGUAGGAAAAUGCUACAUGAUGAGGCGUUGCUUAAGUAUUUGUUUAUAGAGAAGACUGGAUUUAUCGCUCCUCAGAGAUUCUCAAAUCUCUAUUCUCCAAUUUUCUUUCUCAGGAAAUGUUGUCACAAACCCAUACUCAGUGAAGAGAUGAAAAAGUCGAUACUGGUUGAGUUUUUUCACUCCUCCAUUUUGACCUCCAGACAAGGUUGGAUUAACAUCAGGCUAAGCAGGCAGGUCCCUCAGGGCCCAAAGACUCCAGGUUCACUGUGUGGCACUUAGUUUGUGCUUUAUUUAUUUAAUCACAUAUAUGUUCAAGAAUAUGCCACACCCACUGAGGAACAAAAUACACUCAUGUGAUUUCACAGCACUACUUUGAUUUGUACCUCAUUAUGAGGUAAUGUGCUGUAAAGGCACCCAAGUUACAAUGGGUACUUCUUUAUGUUUAGCCCCCUAAAACCCGAUGAUGUCACUAUGAUAUUUUAAGGGUUCAUUAUUUAUCAAAUUUGAGAAGCUAUUAUGAAACUUGCCCUUAAAGGAUACACUUGCCAUGAUGUGUAAAAAUGUGUAAUUAGGUAGGGUUGGGUCAUAUGUUAGAUAUUGGAUAUUGAAAAGUUGACUUCAAUUAAAUAUAUUAUUUCAAAGAUGACCUAUAAUGUAUUAUUUAAGUAUAGCAAUAUCAUUAAGUUGAAAGUCUUUUUUAUUUAAACUUAAUAUUAUUCCUUCCAACUAACCUAAGACAAUGAUAUGUAAACUGUUGACAUAAUACAUUUAAUUAGGGUUAAUGUUUAAAAAAAUGUUGUAGUUUUUUUAAAGGCUGCAUUACAUUAAAUAAUUUAAUUUCUGAAUUUAGCAGACUAAGUAGCUCCUCUUCAUUUGCAUUUUCCAGCUUAGGCUUUUUAUUUAUUGAGUGUUAACAUUUUUGGUCAACUCAAAGAAAAAUAUUGUCAUAUGUCAAUAUUAAGAUAAUUGUUCUAACAUCACGUGAUAUAUAAUUUUACUCAUAUUGCUCAGCCUUUGUGUUAAGUCUUAUUAUUCCACAUUGGUUUAACAUAGUGCAUAUUCCAGAACAUAUUUGUGCUUAACCAAAUAACCACCACCUAAUAUAAUAACUAUAAACUAAUAUAGACUAUACAUAAAGAACAAAAAAGUGGGCGGGUUAAUGUGGCCCCGGGUCCAGUUCAGGUUCAAUAUAUUUCACAUUACGAAAGGAAAAACAACUGAUAAAGAUCAAUCACUGGCUCCCUCUAAUGUGACAAACACCUGACUUGUGAAAACAACUUUAGACGUCAGCAUCCUUUGAGUGACAGCAACAAAUUGUACAGAUAUAUUUCCUUAUCCAUGAGUGUGAGGUUGUACCGUGUGUUUAGACAAACUGAGCUAACUCUGCCUCUCCUCCACAGCUGUGAUGUCACACAUUCAACUAAUGACAGGCGAGAUGAGGGAAAUCGUUUUUCGACGUUUCUUUUCUUUUUAUAGGAGGAGGAUUUUAACCGUUUUUAGGAGCUGGCUUUUAUUUGACAUGUUUUUGUUUUAAAGGAACAUCUUAAAUGUCUAUUGUAGUGCUCUACAGACAGUGAACAGAAGCUGGAGAGUGUUUGGAAAGGGUUGGAGUAUCAGGUGUCGUAAUGCUGGGAAUUUGAAAUAUUGGAAAAGUGCUAUUUCUUAUGUGUCAUCGUUUGAUGUUUUUCUCAUGGACUGAACCACUCGACCUGUUUUUCUAUGAGUUGUCCCUUUUACUUGAAGUAGUGAGUGAUGUUUGUUUCUGUUUGAUUUCAUGUGGACUUUAAAGCAGAGGUUAUUUUCUGUUUCACUUUGAGCCCCUGUGUUUCUAAUAUCAUGUUUAGAAAUGCAAUUCUGUAUUGGUGUGUCAUUCUCAAUCAUAUGCUUCAGUCAUGUUUUGCCUGCAGUCAAAUUCUGACGAUACUUUCUGAACAUUACUUUUAGAGAUGACUUUUGGAGUUUCUCUUUGCUUAGAUAUAGCAUAGCCUGGUGACAUUCAUAAUGUUCCUUAUUGAGCCCAGGUUAAACCUAUGGCCCUUUUCAUCAUAUUUAAAUACAGUGCUGGAUGUCUUUUGAUGGAAUUGAAACACUUCUGUCUGAUGUCAAAUCAAUGUGUUACGAGGAAUGGAGGCAUUUUUGAAACUCCCCUCAACAACUUUUAAGGUGGAAAUGAAACAAAUAUUUUGUAAAAUCUCAGGAAGUCUGCUCAUUAAUGGCAAAAUACGACCAUUUAAGCCCCCUGCCACCAGAGGCAGCAGUGAGCAUAGUGCUUCUCAGUAAUUAUCCACUUAAGAAUUCAUCACAAAGGAUGAAGAUUGAUUUUACUCUGUUUUUAUUGACAACUUACUUCUUUCCCUUGCAGUUUAUUUUAUUGUUUGACCUAUCUAAAUUCUUUUAUUUUACUUUAAAUGUUGCUAAUUGGUUCUGUCUGAUCACCAUCCAGCACUGUGACACAAUAUGAUAUUACUUUGGGCUAGGUCAAAAUGCUAACAAGCUCAUUUUGGGAGGAAACUCCAGAACAAAAAAUAAUAAUUGGACAAGCAUAUUGUGAUGAAAACGACUCAAAUGGAAGUUUACUUUGUGUUGGUGCGGGGCUUUGCAUUGACAAUAUGACCUCAUUAUUUACUGUUACAUUUCUCCAGUCACCACACUGAACAAUGGCAUGAGACUGAAGUAUCAAACUGUUGCUGUCCCCCAGAUAUUUUACAUGUGUAGAGCUGCCUUUCUGGGGUUCAAAAUGCUUCUAAUGUGAAUUCACAGAAAAGAUGCCAUGAUGGAAAUGUGAACUGCUUCUCCCAUGUCAUGUUUUUGUCCUGUUUACACAUCAUACAUAUUUAGUUUACUGUAGCUGUUACAUCAGUGUUCCUGGUACAUGGAGCUUCUCUAAGCUGUACACCUCCAGAUUGACAUCUUAAAUAUUUGCCUUGCUCUUGUCACACUGUGUUGAAGAUGUUACGAUACGAUGUCAAACAUCUUUCCACCUGUUCAGUCCUCAUUGAAGCAAAGGUGCUAGUAGCGGGCAGCUAACAAAUCUAGCUUGUUGUCUAGCUCUUCUGAGUAAAUGUCCGUUGGUUAUGUAACGUGCUGCUAGCUUGGUAGCUACAUGUGUGGAAUUGACUUUCUCUGAGAACAAAUACUUUUAAUGUGAAUUCAGAUCAAAUGUAGCUAGCUACCAAGAUAGCUUAUUGUCAGUUCUCCAUUUUCAGUUAACAUGUUCACAACAACGUGACAUGCACCUUGCACAUCGAAAAGAACAAGACUUUUAUUCUAAAUGUCCCCUUAAAGUUGGUCUUAGUGUGUCUAGUCCUUAUAGUCACAUCGAGACAUUUGAAGGCUCCAAAAACGACUGUUUCCAAGGUCAUACAUGAUGUUAAUCCCGCUCAGACCAAGUGCUGGACGGUCUGAAAAGUAUUUACAAAUGUAAAAUAAGUAAAGUAAGUUACAAUCUUAUCACCAGAAAUGUGAAGCCAGAUAAUGGUAUGACAGUUCCCCCGUUUGCUGCUAAAGACAGAUGAGUGGGUACCAAGACGUAUAGAUACCUGACCCCGUGCCCCCCCCCGGGUCCUGACCCCGGCUCGUCUGCAGUGUACUGCUUAGAGAGCUGAACUCCACACCGGUACCAUCUUUUACUGUCAUCCGUUACCUCCAUUGUGCAAUAGAUAAUGUUUAUUUUUAUUGUUGUUUUUGUAUAUCCUGUGAAACUUGUCUGAUGUUUUUGAUGUGUAGCGUAUGUUUUUAAUAUGAUUAUUUAUGCACCAGCAACACUCACUCCCAGCUCUGUAGAGCAAGGUCAAUACACAAAAAUAAUAAUUUUUAAGAUUCAUUUUAUUUCUUUAUAAAUGGUGGAUUUUUCUUUUUGGAAUGAAACCUUUCAAUCUCUCUUACUGACAUACUGAUGCGUUUGGGGGGAACCUGUUUGAUUCUCCAUUCACUUCAGUUUUCUUCUUUCUGAGGCUUGUUGGAUUUUGUUUUCUUUGCCUUCAACUGCCCUUCCUCCCAUGUAGGCAAACUACUUUAAGGCUGUCUUUAUUAAGAUGCAUACGAUGUGUAUACAGUCUGUAUAGUACCAUGUCUGUUAUAUUUGUCCUGUAAAAAGUGAAGAUGAAGAAGAAAAAGUAAACUUGAUGAGGAACCAUUUGGAAGAGCAAACAGAUGCUGGUUUAUUUUUGAACAGUGAUCCCCUCUACAUGGUCUGUGCUGUUUACUAGAAUAAACAUUUCAGUUAAAGGAGAA